AUGAGCUUAAGCUCUCGAUUGUCCAGUUUGUUCUUCCAAGACGCCUCGACCGAGAACAACCAACAACAUGGCUAUGUUCACUCGGAACUCGAUAUUGACCUCAACGGCGCACGACAGAAUAGAGAAUCUCGAACUAUGCAAGGCGUGGCGGAGGAGGAAGUCGAUAUCGAAUUGAGAAGGCCUCCCUACUAUCAAUGUAUGCUCGCUGGUGGGAUUGGAGGCACCACGGGAGACAUCCUCAUGCACUCGUUGGACACGGUCAAGACCAGACAGCAAGGAGACCCCCAUUUUCCACCCAAGUACUCAUCUCUAUCGGAUUCAUACGUGAAGAUUUUCCGGCAAGAAGGGAUCAGACGAGGACUUUAUGGUGGCUUCACCGCGGCGAUGCUUGGAUCCUUUCCGGGCACCGUGGCUUUCUUUGGAUGUUAUGAAUAUUGCAAGCGCUAUCUAUUAGACGAGGGAGUCAAUCCGUCUGCUGCAUUUUUGGCGAGUGGCUUUUUGGCUGAUCUAGCAGCCUCGAUCAUAUAUGUCCCUUCGGAGGUGAUGAAAACUCGACUACAACUACAAGGUCGAUACAAUAAUCCAUUUUUCAAUUCUGGCUAUAACUACAAAUCUACAUGGGAUGCAGCCAAAACGAUUGCAAGAACAGAAGGAUUUGGGGCUUUGUAUUCUGGAUACAAAGCUACUAUUGUUCGGGACCUGCCCUUUUCGGCCUUGCAGUUUGCACUCUAUGAACAAGAGCGGAGGUUUGCGCAGUCGUGGGCGGGACAUCCUGAUAUUGGGCUCGGUCUGGAGGUCUUGACCGCGGUCUCUGCGGGUGGGAUUGCGGGAGUAGCAACCUGUCCCCUGGAUGUGGUCAAGACUCGAACGCAGACUCAAAUUACACCCGACAAUCACGCCACAAAUAGCCAGGCAGCACAUAUGGAGAAGGUCGCGAAGAGUCACAAAACUAUAGUCCACAAGCAAACGCGCCUAUUGCACUCUGGACCGCGAACAGUACCGAGGACGACGCCAACCUUGGACACGUCGUCUGUCUUGACUGGACUUAAACUCAUCUAUCGGACGGAGGGAGUGCCUGGACUGUUUCGGGGAGUUGGACCUCGAUUUGUGUGGACAAGCGUUCAGAGUGGAACGAUGCUGGUGCUGUACCAAUAUUUGUUGAAAGAGAUGGAGCGAUAUUCGUCCAAAGAAGGCCCGGAAGCAAUAUGA